UUUGUCGGCAUCUCUGUCGCGGUCUUUCGCUCUUCCGCAACGCGUUUUAGGCAAGAAGCAAGCGUGCUUUUUCCAACACGUGGUUGUAGAGAUGGGACGGCCAGGCUUUACUCCACGAGGUGAUCGUGGCGGCUUCGGCGGCAGAGGCGGAGGAGGCCGCGGCGGCUUCGGCGACCGUGGUGGUCGCGGAGGCUUUGGCGGUCGUGGUGGCCGCGGAAGUUUUGGCGAUCGUGGUGGUCGUGGCGGCUUUGGUGAUCGUGGUGGACGUGGCAGCUUUGGUGAUCGUGGUGGUCGUGGCAGCUUUGGUGGCCGAAGUAGCUUCGGUGAUCGUGGAGGCCGGAAUAGUUUCGGCGGCGGCGGCGACGGCGAUGGUGGUGGUGGACGUGGUGGCUUUGGAGGCCGUGGAGGCCGCGGUGGUUUUGGAGGCCGCGGUGGCUUUGGGGGUCGUGGUGGCUUUGGGGGCCGUGGCGGAAGAGGGGGUGACAGGGGUGGUGGCAGAGGUGGUGGACGAGGCCGUGGUGGAGGACGUGGUGGCUUCAGGGGAGGCAGGAAAGUAUUCAUUGAGCCGCACAGGCAUGAAGGUGUCUUCAUUGCACGAGGUAAAGAAGACGCACUGGUCACCAAGAACCUUGUUGUUGGGGAGUCCGUCUAUGGAGAGAAACGUGUUUCAGUUGAGGAGAAUGAGGUGAAGCUGGAGUACAGGGUGUGGAACCCCUUCCGAUCCAAGUUGGCGGCAGCCAUCCUUGGAGGUGUGGACCAGAUUCACAUGCCACCAGGCUCUAAGGUGCUCUACCUUGGAGCAGCCUCGGGCACCACUGUAUCCCAUGUGGCCGACAUUGUCGGACCGGAGGGCCUGGUCUACGCUGUCGAAUUCUCUCACAGAUCAGGUCGUGACCUCAUUGGGGUGGCACAAAAGAGGACCAACGUGAUCCCCAUUAUUGAGGAUGCCCGCCAUCCACACAAGUAUCGGAUGCUUGUUGGUAUGGUGGACACCAUCUUUGCAGACGUUGCUCAGCCUGACCAGGCGAGAAUAGUUGCCAUAAAUGCUCACCAUUUUCUAAAGAAUGGUGGACACUUUGUCAUAUCAAUAAAGGCUAAUUGCAUUGACUCUACGGCUGAGCCUGAGGCAGUGUUUGCUGGUGAAGUGGAGAAGCUGAAGCAGGAGCGGCUCAAGCCACAGGAGCAGAUCACAUUGGAGCCCUAUGAAAGGGACCAUGCUGUGGUUGUAGGCACCUACAGGCCGCCGAAGAAAUCUGAAGGGUGAUACCAGGACCCGGCGCAGUGCUGUUUUUAUUGUAUUGUUUGUUUUAACUUCUUGUACCAGAUUCACAACGUGCACUUCGUGUCGUAAGCUGUAAUAAACGAUCUUUUUUCAACA